CUAUUAAUAAAUAUGCUGUUGUUAAUAGUUCUACUUAAAGUACUCUGUAUACUUGUGCUUUUGCCAAUUGUAUUGAUAAAAUGGAGAAAGCUUUACUCAAAGAAGCGCGAGGAGAGACAACAGACUGGAAUGGUUGUCGGUAUCUUUCAUCCAUACUGCAAUGCAGGUGGAGGAGGAGAAAGAGUACUUUGGUCUGCGGUUCAUGCUAUACAAACCAAAUAUCCUGAUGUACACAUAGCUAUAUACACCGGCGAUCUUGACGCAGAUCCUGAAAAGAUUCUUAGCCGAACCGAAAAGACAUUCAACGUGAAAUUACAAUCAAACAUCGAAUUCAUCUAUUUGCAUGGGCGAAAAUGGGUGGAGGCUUCUACAUAUCCUUAUUUCACACUUCUGGGACAAAGCCUGGGAUCCAUCUAUCUGGGCAUCGAAGCGUUAAACAAUCUUACACCAGACAUAUACAUCGACACGAUGGGUUACGCGUUUACGUAUCCAUUGUUUAAAUACAUCGGUGGUUGCCAAGUCGGAUCGUAUACGCACUAUCCUACUAUUUCGAGUGAUAUGUUGAAGUACGUCUACAAGAGAGUUGUUGCGCACAACAAUCGAAGGAUCAUCGCUAGAAAUCCGUUCUUUUCAGGAGCGAAAUUCCUUUAUUAUAGAUUAUUCGCGCGUUUUUACGGAUUGGUUGGUAGUUGCGCCGACAUCGUGAUUGUAAAUUCCUCGUGGACUGAAGAUCAUAUCAAUACUAUCUGGAAAUGUCCACUGAAGACGCAUCGAGUGUAUCCCCCGUGUAGUGUGGAGCAUCUGACUGAACUGCCGCUCCUCAGCGAUGAGGAAAAGAACGAUUGCAUACGCAUAAUUGCGAUCGCGCAAUUCAGGCCGGAGAAAAAUCAUCCACUCAUGUUGAAGGCGAUGUUCGAGCUAAGAUCUAUUCUUAAGGACGAAGUCUGGGAAAAGGUCAAGUUAGUCUGUAUCGGUUCCUGUCGAAACGCCGAGGACGAAAAGCGCGUUAAAGAUAUGCAAGAUUUGGCUAAAUACUUGGCUUUAGACAAGAACGUCGAGUUCAAGUUGAAUGUACCAUACUCCGAGCUUGUGUCUGAGAUGCAAAAAGGAACGAUUGGUCUGCAUACAAUGUGGAAUGAACAUUUUGGUAUCGGCGUCGUGGAGUGCAUGGCAGCGGGAUUAAUUAUGGUGGCCCAUGCUUCCGGUGGUCCGAGGGCAGACAUCAUAGAAACACGAACGGGUAGUGUAACUGGUUUUCUAGCAAAAGAUGAGAUGGGAUAUGCCAAAGUACUAGCGUCCAUCAUACAAAUGCAUCCAAAGAAUCGAAAUGCUAUUAGAGUUGCAGCCAGGUCAUCUGUAAAUCGUUUCUCAUGCCAAGUCUUUGAGAAGGAGUUUCUACGGGCAAUCGAACCGUUUUUCAGAUCGAAACAAGAAUAGUGUUAUUACCUCAUAAUUCCUCUAAAAUGAUAAAUGACGAAUAUGUGUGUGUAAAUGGCUCAUUUUGAAAUCAUAACGCACUUUCAGUACAUGUUACAAUACAUUAUCCUGUAUGUAUAGUAGCGCGUAUAUGUAUCAAAGGGUGUUUUUUAUGUGAGACAAAUUUGUAUUCAUUUAGAAACUGCUUGAUUUGCGUUAAUUUUAGGUAUUUUACAGUACAUUAAAUAAUCAUAAUUUAGCACACAGAAAACCAUAGCACAUUGUAUAUAUAAUGAUGCUUGUUAAUGAACUGUAUAUUACUUAAACGACUUCAAUGUUCUUACAAAAUCCUAAAAAUAUUCUUGAAAAUUACGAAAGUAUGUAUGAAUAUUAAUGUCGAUGUUGCAAUUUACUUAACGAUGGCAAAUACGAAAGCCAAUUGAUCGAUAUAAUACUUACGUCGAAAUACAUGUUAAUCACAUGCGCAACGAUAAAUAUAAAACAUCAUAUGUUCAUUAUUUAACCAGUCGAA